AACGAUUUCGCGCCAAAAAUCAAACAGCAAGAGAGCAAGAAGCUUCAAGUGUAGUCUUGCUUUGUCACUCGUAUUUCCACCUCAGUUAGGCCUCAAUCCGACUUUUUUUUUGCAAGUCGUCAUACUCAAGGAAACAUAAGUAAUCAAAGAUGUUAGUCUGGGAACCAAGACAAGAGGAAUCUCACAUGAACGGAUCUACUUCUAUGGCGAAGGAUAGCGUUUCCAAACUAAAGAAAGAAGCCAAACAUAGCACCAAGAGACACGAUGAGCUGCAAUACCUGGACAUGAUUCGCUAUAUCAUGGAGAAUGGAACGGUCAAAACCGACCGGACCGGGACUGGGACCAAAUCAGUGUUUGGGGCGCAGAUGCGAUUCAGCCUGCGGGAUGGGGUAUUUCCCCUCCUUACUACCAAGCGAGUUUUCUGGCGGGGCGUGGCAGAGGAGCUGCUAUGGUUUGUCAAAGGCUGUACCAAUGCCAAAGUCCUUGCUGAUAAAAAUAUACACAUCUGGGAUGCAAAUGGCUCAAGAGGUUUUCUUGAUAGACAAGGUUUGUCACAUCGUGAGGAAGGUGAUCUUGGACCAGUGUAUGGUUUCCAGUGGCGGCAUUUUGGUGCCAAAUAUGUUGACAUGCACACAGACUACACUGGACAGGGUGUUGACCAGCUGGCUCAGGUUAUUGACAAAAUUAAGAAUAACCCAGAUGACAGACGCAUUAUCAUGUUGGCAUGGAAUCCUUCUGAUAUCCCUCUGAUGGCAUUACCCCCUUGUCACGCCUUUGUCCAGUUUUAUGUGGCCAAUGGAGAGCUAUCAUGUCAAUUGUAUCAGCGCUCUGGAGAUAUGGGUCUUGGUGUUCCAUUCAACAUUGCAAGCUAUUCCUUGCUCACUUACAUGAUUGCUCAUGUCUGUGGCCUUAAGCCUGGAGACUUUGUCCACUCUCUUGGGGAUGCUCAUGUCUAUCUGAACCACUUUGAGGCCUUGGAGGAGCAGCUGAAAAGAGAGCCACGUGCCUUCCCAUCACUUGUCAUUAAACGCCAGGUUGAUGACAUCGACCAGUUUACAUUUGAUGACUUUGAGAUUGUGGGAUACAAACCACACCCAAAGAUUAAGAUGGAAAUGGCAGUAUAAAUAGUGAUGUUUUUUUUGUAAAUAUAGGUAAUCAAAGGCUGACUAAUGAACUUUGUAAAUAAAUGAGAGAAAUUUUGUGUUA